GCAUCAAUGAGCGUCCCACGUCCUACCACUGAAGGGUUUAUUUGGUCUCUCCUACUACUACUUUGGUUCCACGUUGUCCUGUCGAGCUAGAGACUAUUCGGAUUGGUGGUUCUAUUUAAAGUGCUCUCUCAACCCAUAGAGGUCAUUUUAAGAUUCUAAGAAUAAUAAAUACUUCAUAACAUACCUACCGACCCCCUUAGAAUACCUCGACUUAAUACCCACGCCACAACAACAACAUAACUACGAUAAGAUGGUAUUGAAGAUUGAAAAGCUCGACAAGGAGACUAAACAGAAACGCCUAGAGGCGAAGAAGAAAAGAGAACGUCUAAAGACCAUAAUAAAAAAACUCAACGAAUAUUACAACAUAUCAGGAAAGAGGGCAGACAUUUACGCCGUUUUUUCUGACAAUGGGAAGUACCAUGUCUACUCAACAUUGACUCCGAAUUGGCCGCCACCAAAAGAUGUUAUUGUGCGUGAAUACCCGAUGCGUCAAUAUAGUAUGGGGUUCCCGAGGACACCUUGUAGGGCUCGUGCUUGGUUUGGUGGAGAAUUGGGCAUUAGGAGGCAAACCGCUUAAAUCUACCUUAGGCUUGGACGUUGGAAAGAAGACUUAGUCUAUCCAUUCAUUAAUUAUUUGAAAUAAUAUCGACACUCUAGCCCUCUCUCAAUAUUCCAUUCUCCCCAAUAAAACCAUGCCGCAUACGAAAAUGGCCCGUCCGUUAAUAUGUUCUAUUUUUAUUAUGGUUAACGCCUACUGCACACUAGCGAGGUACCUAAGUACUAUCGGUGCGGGUUUAUACUUUUCCGUGCACGUUUUUUUG